CCAGCAUCACACUCACUGUUCAUUCUACUCGUCUUCGGACUAUCAUUCAUUCUUCUGUCUUUGACGCUUUUUCACUCCUUCUGGAAAGCAGACUAUCACGGCAAGGCCCGUCACACUUACAUUCAAACCAACAUUCAUUCUUCAGCUUCAUAAGCAAACAAACCAUCAAAAUGCGUUUCGCUACUUCCGUUGCUACCCUCAUUGCCUCCGCGGCUCUCUCCACCGCUGCCAGCGUUUCCUUCGUGACCCUGGACAACACUCAGCGCACCAUCUACUUCACCAGCAACCCUGGCAGCUCCAACAUUGACUCCGUCACCACCGCCCCCGGCAAGAACACCACCGUCACCUUCCCUGACACUUGGCAGGGCAACUGGUACGCCGUCAAGGAUGGCGCUUCCAACGUUCCUGGCAUGCUCGGCGAGGUCAACUUCGGUAGCUGGAAGGGCCUGACUUACUUCGACGUGUCUGCCAUUGUCGACCCCAACGACAAGGACAACGUCAAGCAGAUCUUCCCUGCUGCCAGCCAUGAGCCCAUGUCCGGCUGCGAGACUUUCCCUUGCAACGACGCCUACUACCUGCCUGAUGACAUCCAGACCAAGGCUACUCUGGAGUCUGACCUCGUCUGCACCUUGGGCGCUGGCUCCACCGGCUACAGCUUCACUGAGGCUCAGUAAAUGGCUUAGUUUAAAAAAAAAAAAUCCCUUUUCUUUUUGUCUGACUUGGGAGUUGGUUGCUUCGUGUUGCAUUCGCGGUGCCACCAGCUCCCCAUGGUGCUGAGCGCCAAGUCACUCACGACGCUAUGAUUAAAUGCAAAAAUAUCAACGGGAUGAUACCUCAUCUGGUCAGAGACCAGAGGUUUUGUGGGUAAAAAGGGUUACGGGGCAUCGGUUUAUGCACGGGAAGAAAAAAAAGACAAAACUUGGUUGCAAGCACAACCAUUCAAUUCUUACAGAUUUGGCCUAUCUUGAUAGAGGGAACCAGAGGCUGGCACUCAUUCUCACAACUUUCACCGCCGAUCAAAAGGCGCUUCAUACAUUCCUUCAUGACUUAUUUUACAUUUUUCUUCUUCUUGAAUACCCCCAUUUUUUCGAAUGUAUAUAUUAGACUUUAGAAGUAUUCUAGACGGAUAGAUUUAGAAUUGACAUUGUGGACCUUUUGAUUCAAA